UAUCACGACUUAAACGCAACACGGCGCCGUUGCCUGCCUUCCAAUAAAUACUGCAAUUCCGACUCUCGCCUUCACUUUUUGCCUUCCAAGCGAGAAAACUCAAGUCAUUGUCGCUUCGUUUUCUCGUCUGAUUUCCUCCAAUCCAAACACCUAGGGUGGUAGAGCUUAUCGGACCAACGAAUCUCUGAUCGCUCAUCGAACGGUGCUCUAGUACUCGUUCGUAUUGUGAUUAGGUUUUACAUUCAAUUGAGUCGGCUGACAAAAUGUUCUUUACGGGAGAAUCAACGACUCGAAAACGAGUCGAUUUGGGGGGUCGGAGCUCGAAGGAAAGAGACACUCAGAAGCUCAUCGAGCAAACGAGGCUGGAGAGGAACCGGAGGCUAUUGUUGCGCCAGCAGAACUCUGCUGCAAUAAAAAUUCAAAAAUAUUUCAGAGGGAGAAAGGUUGUGGGAGUUGAACACUCUAAGUUGAGAGAGCAGUUCUAUGAAACCUAUGGAGAAUACUGCGAGAAUGUAAACAGACAUUGUUUUGGACCAGAUUCAGGGUUCCUUCGGCAGCUCUUUUUUUUCUUCAAUGCACAGAAUGAUGGUGAUUUUGCUACCCUCGAAGCGACAUGCCAGUGGCUCCAGCAUCUUCUUCAGAAUAAUGGAGAUAUUGUGAGCCUUUUUGCUGGUGGGGACUAUUCAUCAUGCCGUGCUUUGGUGGAUUACAAAGUGAAGAAACUUGUAUUUGCUUGUAUCGAGGCUAUACAUCAGAAUAGAAAUCGAUUGAAGGAUCAGCUUUUAGCAACUAAAGAUCUAACCAGCAUGGCACCAGCACUGUUGUUAGAAACAGUUGUAUUGUUGAUAAAUCCUCAACUUCCAUGGGCUUCUAAAGUAGUCGUCUAUCUGUUGCAAAGAAAUGCAUUCCAUUUAUUUAGAGAAAUUGUUCUUACAGCAAAGGAAAGUGAUGCUUUUCGUUUUAUUGCGGAAAUAUCUUCACUGGAGCACGUACUUAUGCUCAUAGUAUAUCACAUUGGUGGGGAGCCAUGUAUAUGCUCAAGUGUUGAUCCCAAGUGGAGUUUCUCAUCCCAGAUACUUACACUGCCUUUCUUGUGGCAACUUUUUCCAUACUUGAAAAAGGGUUUUGCAAAUCCAGCUGUGAGUCAACAUUACAUUCAUCAGAUGGUAUCUGGCAUGCAAGAUCAUAUGAAUGUACUUCCUGAUGAUAUAUCAUUGGAGUUUCCUAGCUAUGCCUGCCUUCUUGGUAACAUUUUAGAAGUAGCUGGAGUCACUUUUUCUCGGCCUGAUUGCUCAUUCGAAAUGGCUACAGACGUAGCUGCUGUUGCAACAUUUUUACUGGAGGCACUGCCUCCUGUAAAAUCCUCUAGUAGAGAAAGUACAGGAAGGUCUGCAGUUGGUGAGGAUGAUAUGGCUGCGGGUGAUACGGGGAUGGAAAUUACCUUAAAUGGGGAUUUGGAACAGCAGAUAAUUAAUGCCAUAGAUUCACGUUUUCUUUUGCAAUUGACAAAUGCUCUAUUUGGAGGGAUUUCACUUGUCAGCCAGUCACAUAAAGAACCAGAUGAUAAGGAGGUGGCAGCUGUUGGUGCUGCUUGUGCUUUCCUGCAUGUUGCCUUCAAGACUCUACCCCUUGAAAGAAUCAUGACGGUGCUAGCUUAUAGAACUGAGCUUAUUCCAGUGCUCUGGAAUUUUAUGGAGCGGUCUCAUAAGAAUAAAAAAUGGUCAUCUUUGCCUGUACACUUGGCAUAUCUCUCAGGGGAUGCCCCUGGUUGGUUGCUACCCCUGGCUGUUUUCUGUCCUGUUUACAAGCACAUGCUUAUGAUAGUUGAUAAUGAGGAGUUUUAUGAGAGAGAGAAGCCAUUAUCUUUGAAGGAUAUCAGAUGCCUAAUUGUCAUUUUGAGACAGGCCUUGUGGCAGCUGCUCUGGGUUAAUCCAAUGAUGCACUCUAAUAAGGGAAAAUCUGUGGCUCACAUCUUUGUUCAUAAAAAAGGCCCUCUUGAUGUUAUUGAGAAUAAAGUUAGCACUGCAGUCUCUGGGCUUCUCUCUCAGUUACAAGACUGGAAUAAUAGACGACAGUUCACUUCUCCUGGUGACUUUCAUGCUGAGGAUGUCAAUGAUUUGUUUAUCUCUCAGGCUGUAAUAGAAGGUACAAGAGCAUAUGAGAUAUUGAAGCAAGCUCCUUUCCUGGUACCAUUCACAAGCAGAGUUAGAAUAUUCUCACAACAACUAACAAAUGUUAGACAAAGACAAGGGUCUCAUGGUGUUGUUCCCCGAAACCGAUUUAGAAUACGGCGGCAUCACAUUUUGGAAGAUGCUUACAAUCAAAUGAGUGCAUUAUCUGAAGAAGACCUACGAGGACUGAUUCGUGUAACAUUCGUCAAUGAAUUUGGAGUUGAGGAGGCUGGUAUCGACGGAGGUGGUAUUUUUAAAGAUUUUAUGGAGAACAUUACGCGAGCAGCGUUUGAUGUACAAUAUGGGUUAUUCAAGGUUAUAACAUAUCCAACUACUUGCAUUUGUGAUUUCCAUCUUUUUCUUUUUCUUUCUAUCAGAUAUUCAUAUCCUUUGGAUGGGGAAUAUUCCAGAGCAUCUGUUGUAAUGAAGGAGUGGAAGGCAAUGUUUGAAGGAAUUCUUGUUGACAUACCAUUUGCAACAUUCUUCUUGAGCAAAUUGAAACAAAAGUACAACUACUUGAAUGACUUGCCAUCCUUGGACCCUGAAUUAUAUCGCCACCUUAUUUUCUUAAAGCAUUACAAAGGGAAUAUUUCAGAGUUGGAGCUCUACUUCGUGAUUGUUAACAAUGAAUAUGGAGAGCAGACAGAAGAAGAGCUGCUUCCAGGAGGGAAAGAUAUACGUGUUACUAAUGAGAACGUAAUUACAUUUAUUCAUCUUGUGUCCAAUCACCGCUUAAACUUUCAGAUACGUCAACAAAGUUCUUAUUUCUUAAGGGGUUUUCAGCAACUUAUGCAGAAAGAUUGGAUUGAUAUGUUUAACGAGCAUGAGCUACAGCUGCUGAUAUCAGGUUCCCUUGAAAGUUUGGAUGUUGAUGACUUACGAAGCCACACCAAUUACUCGGGUGGCUAUCAUGCUGAGCACUAUGUCAUUGAAAUAUUUUGGGAAGUCCUCAAAAGUUUUUCACUGGAAAAUCAGAAGAAGUUUUUGAAGUUUGUGACUGGGUGCUCUCGAGGACCGCUGCUUGGAUUCAGAUAUCUUGAACCAUUAUUUUGUAUACAGAGGGCUGCUGGCAUUGCCUCAGAUGAAGCUUUAGACCGAUUACCCACAUCAGCUACUUGUAUGAAUCUUCUGAAGCUUCCACCUUACAGAAGCAAAGAGCAGUUGGAGACCAAACUUUUGUAUGCGAUAAAUGCGGAUGCUGGUUUUGAUUUGAGCUAAUGUUGACUCCCCGUCUCCUUUUUGAACAGAAUCAAUGUAAUAGCUCCAUUCUUUGGUUGAUGGAACCCUAUUUUUUGACUCAUGAUAUAGUACCAUUUCUAUUGAGCUUUUAUGGUAAUGAUCAAGGACCAUUUACCAAGGCCAUCAUGGAGCAUACAAACAGUAUAAAAACAGAUUAAGGCCCGAGUAUAGUGGUGUACAGAUACAUAAAGCCUAGAUGCAGUUUCUGUUUCAAUGUAUAUACAUGGCAGAUACUCAGUCCCAACUUCGCGAAGCUCAUGUACUCCAGGACUUCUCGCAAGUGGAUGAUUCUUGUAAAACUGUAGUUCAUUGAAGGCAUCUGUCUGUUGUACUAGUCUGUAAAGUAGAAGGAAUGUUUUAUUGUAACUCAAGUCAAUUGUAGAAGCUAUAAUUAUACUUUGAUAUUGACAUUGAUGGCUGGUAGAAAAAUAAAAUGGGUGUCAAUGCAUGGUUCUCAGUGA